AUGAUAUGUGUUGUGAUCUCACGUGUUCACUAUUCCGUCGACGUCGUUAUGGGUUAUUGGAUCAGCAGCAUUAUAUUCAGUAUUUACCAUGGAUUUUGCGAAAUACCUCAUGUGCUUCGGUCUCGUAAUCGACCAUUUCGACGACUUUUUCUAUUCUGGACAAUGUUCGAAUUGGAGCGGCAUGUACCUGAAGGUCGUAUUCCUAAUCAACUAGAAUGGCCACUUCCUUGGCCUAAGUCCGUCGUCGAAUUUUUCAAGGAAUGGGAUGCUCAGUCAAAGGAAACUAGAGCAGGACGGGUAGCACUUUGGUUAUCUGAACAUCGUCUUAAACUACAUUUAUAG